UGUUUACAUAUUUCUAUUUGUAUCUGAAUUAAAAAAAUAUGUCAUAGAAUUGUAAUAAAGAAAAUGACACAAUCGAAAGAAGUAGCAGAAGAAUUGUACGAGUGUUAUAUAAAAACUGCUACAAAUAUAGUUUUAUAUUUUCAAGAUAGAGAGAAGAUAAUUGAUGAUUUGAAAGAUGUGGUACAAAAGAACUGUGAAAUAGAUAUUAAAUUAAGUAUGAUUCAAGAAAUAAAGGAAGAUAUCUUAAAUCAGUAUAAUGAUAGUAAAAUUACAGAGAAAAGUAUACAGAAAAUUAUCAAGGACUAUGAGAAAGCUGUAUCUAAAAUGAAUAUUAAUGUAUCCACGAAUGAAAGACUAUUGGAAUUUGAUAGACAAUUGGAAGCAUUAUUGAGCGAUGUAAACAAAAAUCAGGAUUCUGAAAGAAGCAACAAUGAUGAAGAAUUACAAUUAUCAGGUUCCAUAAAUAUAAUAGAUCCUAUUUCAAAAAUGAGGAUAAAAGAUCCAAUGAAAAAUAUUAUAUGUGGACAUACUUAUGAUCGUGAAACUAUCAUGGCUUUGUUAAAAGUAAAUAGGAAAACAAGGUGUCCCAUGGUUGGAUGCAAGAAUACGGAGUAUAUAGACAUGGCCAAUCUUCAAACAGAUGUUGUAAUGAAAGCAUAUCUUCAAAGGAAUCCUGUUUAAUAUUGACAUUAAAUUAUUUUUCCAGAUUUAUUGGAAGUGUGAAUAUUAUAAAAAUAAAGAAAUCACAAAUAUUUUGGUAUAUUCACAUUUAUACUCGUAUAUUAUAUAAAUACAGUUGGUAUACCUACAAAGUUAAAGAAAGAUGUAUGUCUUUAAUUAAAUCUGAGUUUUUUUUUGUAACGAAUAUAAAAUUUUUACCGAAUUUAAAAAUAAAAGAAAGACUUGUUAAUUAAUUUAUUAAUGAAACAUAUGUUCCUAAAGGUGUUUAUUUCAUUGUAAGCAUUAAUGUGUACAUAAAAUAGUGUAGGAAUGGGUAUUAUGAAACAUAAUACAAAAAAAUUUUUUAAAUGUGCUUAAUAUUACGAUUGCAUUGUAUCCAGACAGUAUUUAAACAAAAUAUUAUCAAUUCUUUUUAUGGUCUUAUAAAAUUAUUCAGAAAUACUUUUCUGAAUUCAGAAUACUUUUGAAUAAAGUAUGGAAAAAAAUUUAUUUUAUUUCUUGUAACAUAUAAUUAUAAUAAUUCAAUAAUACUACAUGUUUUUAUAUUAUAAAUUACAUAAAAAAUAAUUUAUUACACAAAUAAUUCUAAAAAAUAAAUGUAAAUAAAGUAGUUGAAAUAACUAUGUCCAAUCAGCAAAAACAUACUUUUCCUUUGUAGAUUUUUACUAUUAUAAGUAAAUUAAAAGGAAAGGAUAAUACAUAUAAAAUUCAGAAUAUAUGAUGUCAUGGGAUAUAUCCAGACAUUUUAUUCACUUUUCACAUAAUUAAAUUGGCAUGAGCAUUUAAAUUGACUAUUUUAUUACUUUCUUAUUAUAAAUUAAAAUAUAAUAUAUAAUGUUUAUUAUUUCACGAAGUAUAAUCUAUGCAUUCCCCUUUGUACACACAUAUUCUUUAUUGAUAAGAAUUAAUGUUGAAUAAAUUGGAAAUGGGAAUCAUAAUAAAACUAAGUCAAUAAAGGAAGUAUAAUCUACCAAACACAAGAAUAAUAUACAGCAGUUAAAAAAACGUAUUAAUAUAGUAUAUAAAAUGUAAAGAAAUAUACAUAUAUUAAUAACAACAACAAUAUAAUAAAAAAAUGCAUGCAUAUCUUAUACACAAAUUAAUUACUAUACAGUGCCUUCUGUAUAAUGUUAUCUAAAAUAUGUAAAUAAAAUUAUAAUUACUGAAGAAAUUAUAUAUUUUUAGAUUAAAAAUAAAACCAUUUUUGAAAUU